AUGAAUGGCUGCGAGGGGCAGCAGGAGGAGCGGCACGUCGGCGUGUGCCAUACGCGCACGCUUCCGGCCGUGUCGGCGCCGGAGUCCGCCGUGUCCGAGCUCAGAUCGGCGGUCGCCGCCCUCGCCGCCGAUGCACCCGAGUUCAGCUCCGGCAUCAUCCGCCUCGAGGUACGUGUCCACUACCGCGGCGGAUUGGGUGGUGGAGAUCUGGUGUUAUCCACCACCAGUUUCUUGUCGCCUCUUUUCUGUGCCAAUUACUGGCUGGCGGCUCUUCCCUCCGCGCCGCCGCCAAUCGUCGGCCGUUCAUCCCGUGAGCCUCCGCGGCUCUGAUCGAUGCAGCGGCCGCCGGCUACGGCGGCGCUCUGCCAAACGGCGGCGGGAAUCGUAUUCCCCCGCCUCGGGUCUCACCGUCCGCGGCGGAGUCGUGCAACUGAAUAAAGAAGCACGUCUUCUCCGGGUUUCACCCCCCGAAAGUUGUUUAUUUUUACGUCUCCUACCCGCUUCUGGGUGACGUCCCUGUCCGGAAUACCGACCGAACUAAGUCAAGACGGUAGAUGCCUACGCCACUGGAAUGGGAGAGAGAGGGCCCUCGUUCGCAAACCGACAAAAGUGGUGGCCGUUGGCUCGGGGGGGGGGGGAUUGGCGGCGCACAACAGCAAGGAGCUUUCCCGCCGUUUGACUUGAUUCUUGGACGGUUUGUCUGCCGAGGGGGCUUUUUUAAUUAGCUUUUCUGCGAUUUGUGAGUGCAGGUGCCGAUUAAGCAGAGAAGUGAGGCCGUCGCUUGGCUACACGCGCAGCAAACGCUCCCCCGAGUGUUCUUCUCGGGGAGGGGAGGUUGGGAGGCGGACGAGGACGCAGCUGAGGAGCGGCGGAGCGAGGGCGGGAGCAACCUAGUCAGUGUCGCCGGAGUGGGCUCGGCGGUGUACUUCCGGCGGUUUGAGCCCUUCUCCUUUGAGGAUUGGAAGUGUAUAAGGAGGUAAUGAUGAUGCUUCUACGUUUUAACCCUUUUCUUUAUAGUCAUAAUCUUGGCCUACGAAUAUGAUUCUACCUGACUGGGCAUUCUUAACAAUCUAGGGUUCUUCAGUUUCUUUUUUUUUUUUUGGAGGGGGAGGGGGGGGGGGCUGGUUAUUUAUGAGUCUGACAAACCAUCACCACACAUGCAGUAUGAACUUACCAUCAUUUGGAGCAUUUCUGCGGUUGAACGUGAUGCUAAAUAAUCUAUAUAUAUAUAUAUAUUAUACCUAGUGGUAACGUUUUAGAAAUUAUUAAUGGGACACUUGAACUCCUCCCGCAGAGUUCUUCUCUGACGAUGAGAGCUGAGCUUUAUAAGUAAUGAUGCCCGCCUUGAAUGUUUUAUAUCAUCUUCUUUGAAGGUUUCUCUCAAAGGAUUGUCCUUUCAUCCGCGCUUAUGGGGCUCUACGCUUUGAUGCUACCACAAAAAUAUCAUCUGAAUGGAAAAACUUUGGUUCAUUCUACUUUACUGUUCCUCAGGUAAAUCCUCUUCCCCUAUUUCGACGCAGAAUAUCUAUUUUCUCAUUCUCCAGGCUGAAGUACCUGUUAUUUAGAGGAUUCUAAUGACAGGUUGAGUUUAAUGAGCUUGAAGAAAGUUCAAAGCUCGCCAUAAAUAUAGCGUGGGAUGACAACCUAAGGUGGCCAUGGGAGAAAGCAAUGGACGGUCUGCUUAAUACAAUGGAUCAGGUACUGAUGAUGGCAAGAGAUAUUUCAUUUCGUGGGAAAAGAAUCACAAGUACCCUUCACGUAUUCAUUAAUUACACGUAUAAAUCAAGGUCUCCAAAUUUUUUUCUUGUCUAGGUGAAUGAAGGGUUUUUCUAAUGUUCCUGGUGUAGUGCAUCAUUUAUAUUCCCCAUAAUAGUAUUGGGCAUAUAUAUUUUCUGGACACAGAUUUCGCCUUCCGCAUCUAGUCUACAAAGGCAAGUUCCCAGAUCGACCGUUCUUAGCAGCAGCCACACUCCCAGCAAGGCAUACUGGGAUGUUUGUAUCAAUAAGGCAUUGCAGAUGAUAAAAGGAGAAAAUUCUGAUCUACUAAAGGUACGGAGUGUUCCUUGUUCAUGAAAUGUAGAACUGUGGCUGAGGCAUUCCAUUUGAACAGCUGUGCCAUUGAGUUUGGUUCCUUCAUAGUAUAUUAAUAAUGCACACGUACACUGUUUUCAUUUUCCUCUUAUUUAUACUUAGACGUAUUCCACCUUCCUGUAAAAUUAUUUUAUUUUAUUUUAAUUCCUCGAUGGCAAUUAAAGUUACAAACUUUCAAAUGAAUUGUGUUUCUUUUAUCCUUCAUUUUUUCCCGAUAAGUCUGUCUGCAGUGUUUUGUGCUCAAAUAGUCUUGUUGUCACAGAUAACUGAGACUUGAGUAAUGAUGUAAAGAUGUGACUAAAAUAGUAAAAUUUAUAAAAAAACUAAAAACAUGCACUUAAAUAUUUCUGUUCUUGAUAAACGAAAGGUGUGUGAAUUCAUGCACGUAUAAAAAUACCUUUAUUUUCCGGAUACUAUGAAAUAAGCUUGAAAAAGUGACUAAAAGUGAGAAAAAGUGAGCAACAAUGGAUCAAAAAUGUGUAAUUUGAUAGAUUUUAUAAUGUAUCUUCCAAAAAAAGCUUAUUUUUUUCUUCAUUUUUCUUUUGAAUUUUAUGAAAUGGGGGAAAAACUCCCCUCACGUUUUGGAGAUUUAUGUUAUGGAUUGGAGUCCGACAGAAACUCUGUGUGUGUUUUCUAUAAUAUAUCGUUUUGAUGGUUGAUAAUUUCCACUAUAUCUGGAAAUUAUAUGACUUUGCAUCUCUCAAAGUAUUCUCGCUCAGUUUUAUGUACUUAUAGGGAAUUUUCUGUGGUUUGUCUUAUCCUUCUCCCUCACCCUUCUUCCAAAAAAUGGUGCUGCUUUGAACCUUGAUCCACUCUUAUUUCUAUUUUUGUCAUCGCCACAUCUUCCCCCAGGUUGUACUUGCACGAAGUAGCAGAAUUCUCACUAGUGCUGAAAUCAACCCCAUAACAUUAUUGGCUUGCCUACAGGUAUGAUCUUUUUCUCUUACCCAUAUUUCUGUCAGUCGUUUUCUAGUUGCAUGUUAGAUAAGGGAAAUGUUUGCCUUAUUUUAUGUGCGUAGAUGGAGGGACAGAAGGCGUACCAGUUCUGUAUUCAGCCAGCCGGAGGCCCUGCAUUCAUUGGGAAUACUGUAAGUUGACUGCAGCAUAAUUCAGUCCAUUUUGACUUUUUUUCCUACUUUGUGGGUUUAGGUCAACGGAUAAUAUGCGUCCCAUUUUGUUAAUUUCGAGGAAAAGAGAGAAAAAAUUCAAAACCAAAGAUAUCCUCGAAUCGGACACCAAAGCUUCAUGUUUUGAUCUAAGGAGACUGUCUGAAGCUCUGGGCCUGCCUUGAUGAGCCGUAGCAUCACAGCUUAAGGGGUAGUUUCUAUUCAGGAGAAAAUGCUUUUAGAAAUCCCCAGUUUCUCUCAGAUAAUGAAUUCCCUCGCAUUGACUAUUUUUCGGAUUAUUUGGAGGAAGAAGGAGGUAGCUUUUUCUCCAAAAUUAAUUAGGUUCUUUUUUCAUUGUCAUCAUCAUCAUUAUCAUCUUAGGUCAGUGAUUGAUCAUAUUUUAUCCUCCUUGAUGCUCUCUUUUUUCAUCAUAGAAUGGGAGAAAUAGCAGUAGGCUACCAUCACCUUUACUGGUCUAGUGUACCUUUCAUUUAUUUACAUUAUGAAUUAAAAAUAUUUUCAUCGUCAAAAAUAUAUUUUUUUAAUUUGAAUAAAAAUGGUUAAUAUCUUGUUCCUUUUUUUUUUUUUUUUUUUUUUGCGGAACUCAAAACAGCCAGAACAGCUAUUUCACAAAGAAGAUUUGCAAGUCUGGAGCGAGGCGUUGGCAGGGACCCGGGCCAGAGGAAGAACUGUAAGGGAUGAUCUUAAAAUUAGACAGGAUUUACUUCUCAGGUGGUGCUCAUAUUUACUUACUCCUUUUAUUAAAUAAAUAAAUAAAUUCAAAGGCUGAAAGUACUCAUCAAGGGUCUGCUCCUUUUCUCUGUAUGCAGCCGUAAAGAUGAUGUUGAGUUUUCCAUAGUACGAGAGAAUAUUAAAACGAAAUUAGAGGCAAGUCAAACCUCUACACCCCUGCAUUCGGAAAUCUUGAGCCCUGGAAAGCGGGGAUUUUUUUUUUAUUUAAUUAAUUAAUUUAUUCUUGAUAAAACUUCCGCGCAGAUCAUCUGUGACGAGGUGCGUGUAGAAUCAAGUAAAACAAUCCGGAAACUCCCCCGGGUGCAACAUCUCUGUGCUCGGUUAUCUGGCAGACUGAAGAGAGAGGAAGAUGAGGUAGACCCACCCAGAUAACGAUAUAACUUCAGAGUAUAUAUGCGCAUCAGUUAAUCUCUCCGAUGGGGAACCUCUUUUAGCCGCUUCAUAGCAGAGCUUUAUGCGCUACAAUAUGCCUAUAUUUUAUACCAAAUCUACGCCAAAGCUUGAACGAUGCUUCAGCAUUCGGGUAUGUUUUGCUUGCAGUUCUACGUUUUGACUCAUCUCCAUCCGACUCCAGCUGUUUGUGGAUUGCCCACAGAAGAGGCACGCAGAUUCAUAGCCGAAAAUGGUCGGUAAAUUGCUCUAGUUCCUACUGAAAUAGCAAUUCCGCACGGUUUUUUAUUUUUUUUAAGGAAAAUUUCACGAAUUAAUAAAUCAGGUUUUGAUGCUGCUGCUGCUGCUCUCUCAACACAACAAUUUUUCUUUCUCUCGAAGCAAAAUUUGCUGCCUCUCAGCAUGAUUUAGGCGAUCGCAUCAACCAAGUGUGGAAUAUUUCUCCUUGAUACUCUUGUCUCCAUCAUUCUCCUUAGUCUGAUCACCUCCAGGGUCUCCUUUCUUUCUUGAGCACGAAAAAGAUUCACUACUAUACAUAAAUUUUUCGGAUGAACAAAAACCGCAAACUGAGUGGACACAUCGAGUUUUAGUAAGCUUGUACCGUAGGAGGUUCGAUUGGGCAUGGGAUCAAGACUUCGCCUCCUCCCCAAGAAUCUGAUUGUCCGAUGAAACCCACUUGAUUUCUUGAGAUCACUUGCUCCCAGUCCAUUAGAAAGAAAGAAAAAGAAAUCUAUUUAUGUGUAUAUUAUUUAUUCAUAUUCCUUGAGGUAAAGAUACUGUCUCGUGGGUCCUUCUCUAGAGGCGUUUGACCGUGGGAUGUACGCCGGCCCUGUGGGCUGGUUCGGGGGAAGAGAGACUGAAUUUGCCGUCGGCAUCCGAUCAGCUCUGGUGGGGAAGGUAACCUGUCGAACCCCACCCACUGUUUAUUAUUAAUUAUCUAUAAUUUUUUGCUCAGAAAAAAAGGGGUAUCGAGUCAUGAAGGCCGGUUCUUUGAGGAUAAACCUCAUUACCCAGAUAGCGAUCUUCCAAGUUCCAUCCUAAAAACCGACCAAAAUCUGAAUCCCAGGGGCUCGGCACGUUGGUCUACGCCGGAGCCGGGAUCGUCGAGGGAACCGUCUCGUCCUCCGAGUGGCAGGAGGUUGAGUUGAAAGCCUCCCAGGUCCGUUUCUCCCUCUCUCUCUCUCUCUCUCUCUAGAUGCUCAUAAAAUGAGGGUACUUUUGUGAUGCAGUUCACCAAGCUGCUACAGUCCGAAGGGGUCAGCCCCUCCGUGGAGAACCGGCCAGGGUUCGCAGUGGCCAAUGCCCUCGCCGGUGCCCUCCCCCUAUACAAACAGCCGAAAGUCUAG